GGAAGCUAAAGAAAACUCUGUUUUGGACUGAGCUCUCCGUGGAAAGAUGGAUUCUUCCUGUAAGCCUCGUACCAUCAAUUUGAACAAAGGUGAUGGCCAGAGCUAUGGCUUCUUCCUGAGGAUUGAAGAAGGAGUUCAAGGACACCUGAUCCGUAAUGUGGAGCCUGGAACAAUUGCGGAUAAAGCUGGCCUUAAGGAUGGGGAUCGUGUUGUGAAGGUUAAUGGAACUUGUGUGGACAGCAAAGAUCAUUCAAAGGUGGUAGAGCUCAUUCAAGAAAGUGGACCGUCUGUCACACUGCAAGUCUUGGAUGAGAAAGCCUAUCUAAAGAUUAAAGAUCAAGACAAUGAAUCACAGACGCCACCACCAAAACCUGCUCAAAUCAUGAAUGGAAUGGCAGGAACAACUCCAAAACCAAAGCUGUGUUAUAUGGUGAAAGACAAAAGUGGAUACGGAUUCUCCCUCAAAACAGUAAAAAAUGAUAGUGGAAUCUUCAUGACUGAUGUUAAAGCAUCUGGAGUGGCAGAAAAGGCAGGAGUCAAAAACGACGAUAGAUUAAUUGAAAUCAACAAUGAAAACGUGGAAAAGUGUACCCACGAACAAGCCGUUGCAAAAGUUAAACAGGCUGGAAACAGUGUUGUCUUUUUACUUGUGGAUGAGGAAACUUAUAAUUAUUACAAGAAUGCUGGCAUGAAGAUAACUAAUGAGAUGGCAAACCUGAAGCUGCUCCCACAUAAACCCCGCACUAUAGAGCUGGCUAAAGGAGAAGAUGGCUAUGGCUACUAUCUGAGAGAGGAAAAGGCCCGGCCAGGUCACUUCAUUAAUGAAAUUGAUAAUGGAGGUCCAGCAGACAGAGCCGGACUGAAAAACAUGGAUCGGAUUGUGUGCGUUAAUGGUGAUCCAGUAGAUUCUAUGAGCCAUGAGCAGGUGGUGGAAAGAAUCAGAGAGUGUGGCAACAAGACUUUUCUGAUGGUUGUCGAUGAAAUCACAGACAAAAUUUAUAAGAUGGCAGGAGUAUCACCCAUGCUCUGCUGGGAAGAACAGAAUCAUUCCAACAACAAGCCUCUGUGUACAACUCCAACAACUCCAACUACUGCACCAGAGGACAAAGUCAAACACAAACCAAAACUCUGCAAGCUGGAGAAAACCACAAGUGGCUUUGGUUUCCACUUGAAUGCAAUAAGAGGAACACCUGGCCACUUCCUAAAAGAGGUGGUGAAGGGCAGUCCUGCAGAACAAUCUGGUUUGGUAGAUGAUGACAUUUUGGUUGAAGUUAAUGGUGUGAAUGUGGAAAAGAAAUCCCACGAAGAGGUGGUAGAAAUGAUCCGAUCAGCUGGAAGCAAAAUCGAAAUGCUACUGGCUGAGAAAACAGUCUAUAACUACUUCACCGAGAAAAACAUUCCCAUCACCACAGCUCUAAUAGAAUCGCCUAACACAGAGACUUGCUCCAAUUCUGCUGCUUGGAAAGAGGUGCACACCGAGGUCAUUACAGAGAUAAAAGCUGAAAAAGCAGCAUCAGCACCAGCAGUAGCAGAAAAAAAGGAAGCUGAACCAGGCCCUGAUCCUGCACCCACCAACAACAGUCCUGCAGAGACAAGGAAAAGGGCUGAUUCAUCAUCAUCAUCGUCGUCGUCAUCAGCAUCAGAAGCAGAAGAUGAGAGAUUAUGAAGAAAUGUAAUUUCAUUCAUGACUUUGCAUCACCAAAGAUGUCAACUCUGAAGUUUCAGUAAAAGCAUACUACUUUCAUUUGCAUAUUUUCAAGUAACUCACUUGGCAGAUUAUACAGGCUUGAUUUCAUUAGCAAAUCUAAACACACUAUCAUCAGUAACAUGACAGGAUACGGUUGCUAUUAGUGGAAAAAUCAGUCAAGCUGGUGGGAUCCACUGUGUUUUAUCACCAAGCUUUUCAUUAUUAAGUGAAUUAGGUGAGCAAAUUAACUAAUUAUGGAUAAUGAAUUUCUUGACAAAGUCUUAAAAUGAGAGAUAAUGUCAAAAAAAAUCAGCCGCAAGCAAUUGCAAACCUAAAUUUCACAAUAUACUUUCUUUUUGCACACCUACAUUAUUUCAAAGAUCUUCUUUCAUUGAUCUAAACAAAGUUCUUGUAAAUUUUCAUUUUUUGUGCCCUAUUUUACUUACCACCAUGGUAAAGGGUUGUAUAGUUUUUUUUUUUUUUCUCUGAAAGUUUAUGCUCUAAGUAGUCUGUAAAACAAACCAGAAGAAAAAUAGAACCAUGCAACAUAUAUGCACUCCAUCCCAUUCUUGGGAAAGAAUAUUCUUUUCAGAUUCAUCAGAACAAACAUGGAGGAAUAUCCCUUUCCCAGCUAUUUUAAUAUUGGUCAAUACAUUCUUAAUUUAGUUUGACAAUGCAAACUAAUCAUUGAAUUUCACUGUGGGCUGGAUUAUGUGUUGGUCAAACUAGUAUGCAGGCCAAUGAAAUGUGAUUGCAAAAAAAUAAAUAACUGAAUCUUUUCAAAAAGAAAGUAAUACUACAGCAAGAUAUUUUCUUAAUUUCACAUUUUUAGUUUUUUAGAUCUCUUUCAGUGCAUGAUAUAUCUAAAUAGGCUGUGCACAAUCAUUUCAAUAACACCACUCAUUAUUAAAACCAGGGGGAAAAAGAUAAUAGAGACCAGAACAGGAUCCAAAAAUUAAAUGCACCAAGAUUCUGCAAUUUUGGUUUUGUUAAAGUUCACCUUUGUAACAAUGGGUUAUAAUUGAUAGGGCAAUAAGAAUAAAGGACACAUUCACACAAUAUUAAGAGAAUAUGAUGUUAGCAAGCAUCACUUUACUGAACUACAAAAUGUGAAUGUGCACAGAAUGCAACAAAAUAUUUCCUUGUCACACAGAAAAUGGAAGGCUAUAUAUUGGAGCACUGAUUCCUCCAUGCUAUAUUCUUGAAUGCCACACUAAAAUAAAACAGAGUGAAAUAUGUGUAUGCUAUAUUAUAUCUUAGAAGUUCUGAUGUUAGUACCUUUCUCAGAUGAUAUUUGAACAUCCUUAAUAAAUUAUAGUAAUGAAUAGCAAAAUCUUUAUAUGAGAGACGUUCAAAAAGUUUCCACACUUUCAUAUUUUCGUUUGAAAUGGUGAAGGUGAGUAGUAACUGGGCAUUAAAAAGGUGGUAUGACACUGGGAAAAUUGUAUCGCAAACGCAGGUGACUAUGUAGAAAAGUGCUUGUAAUUUGUUUUUGAAAUUCUUAAUAAAUAGUUUAAAAAAGUGCAGAAACUUUCUGAACGUCCCUCGUACAAUACAUCUGCAAAAGCUUACCACUUGCUGACAAUAAAGAGUCAGAAAGUAUAUUACGUGAGAUUCAGGAGAUGGGAAGCAGGAUCUCCUGCAUAUAUUUAACAUGAAUUCAUAUUUAUUUUUAAAUAAGACUGAUUAAAAGACUUUCUGGAGGAACCAUAUCAGUUUAAGUAAAAUAUUUAGUACUGACACUUUAGGGCAGAAACUUUGUUUUCUUGCUGAAGGCCAGCUGUAAGAAUUGUACUUGGUUUUUGUAAUUCUGUAAUAAAUUCCUUAGAGAGGUAUGUAAGAAUUGUAGACAUCUAUGAUGAAUCACAUUUCAUAAACAGUUGAUUUGUCAUUUU